AUGUCUUCUCAUAGGAUUUUCACAAUCAUGCGAUUCCUGGCCAAGAAACAAAAGCAGAAUCAUCCCAUUCCCCAAUGGAUUCAGAUGAAAACUGGUAAUAAAAUCAGAUACAACUCCAAGAGGAGACAUUGGAGAAGAACCAAGCUGGGUCUAUAAGGAAUUGCACAUGAGAUGGCACACAUGUUGAUGCUGUAUCAAGAUCACUG